GGUUGUUCUACCCUUCAGAAUUCAUGAUUGAAUAGGAUCAAACAAAGACAAGGAUAUAGACUGUAUAUGUCCUCAAAUAAAAGUAGAAAUUGGCCGCAUGCAUCAUUCUCCGGGAAUAAUUAAGACGUCUUUUUUAUCUUUUUCUAUACCAAUAUGCACAAACGGAGUACUUCUCCAAAUACCAAAGCCGUUUCUCUAGAGGAGAAUAAUACUUCUUUAAAGUACUACGAUCCCCUUUUGAAUAGAUCGAGCACUUCAUUAGGACCGACAAGUUAUGCAGAACAUUUGAAGCACUUUUGGCGUACUCAUCUAGACUACUUUUGGGGUCUACUCUUUCGAGUGAUCAGUCUGAUUGUGAUUAUUGGUGUUUUGAUAGCGAUUGGUAUAGGGCUUCGAUAUACAGACAACAUGCCAAAGCCAGAAGACUUUAGUCAUCUGGAGUUUAAUUGGAAGAUCAAUCCUCGAGAUUACCUACAGCCUUACAAUACUUCAUUUCAAUACAAUGUCUUGUUGGACGGUCAUUCUCAUUCAACCUAUAGUGACGGAAAAAUGAAUGUUCGACAGUUGCUCGAUUGGCAUAUAGCAAAUGGAUACAAUGCGAUUAUGGUCACAGACAGUGAUCACAACACAAUUGAAGGAGGUCUUGCUGCAGAGAAAUUAGCUCUUGAAGAAUACAAUGAUACUAUUGUCGUCAUUCCUGGCAUGGAGUAUACUUGUUGUAGGAUUCAUAUGAACUUUAUCGAUAUCAAUGAAACUGUGCCUGUAACUGGACCUGUUCCUUCAGAUGAAGAAUUACAAAAAGCUAUUAACCGAGUGCAUGAAUUAGGAGGUUUAGUGAUUGUAAACCAUAUCCCAUGGAGCAAUACUACAGAGGAUGGAUAUCAAUUGCCUCGUCUACCCAAUCAUCCUAGUGUAGAACAACUCAUUCAAUGGGGAGUCGAUGGAUUUGAAGUGAUUAAUCAAGAGACAUUUGAUUUAUCUACCUAUCAGUCUGCUGUGCAGCAUAACCUGAUUCAAAUGGUAGGUAUGGAUUUACACCAUCCUUCUGUGGGAGCUCAAGUAUGGCUUACGAUCAAUGCACCUAAUAUGACCCGUGCUGGUAUUAUGCAAGAAAUACGUGCUAGGCGCACUUCUUUCUUGUUUGAUCCUGCUGGUACACAUCCCCGUGUCUAUGUUGAUUCCCCUGCUUCUUAUUUAGCAUUGACACCAUUGACAUAUCUCGGUGACUAUUUUGGAAUGUUUUAUGAUGAUAUGAAGGGUAUGUACAGCUUCCAAGGCACAUUCUGUCAUCCAGAAGUGUUGACUGUACACAAAAGUGUGAUUGGUUGGUUUAUCUUUUGGGUAUUGAUCUUUUUGGUUGUGUUUGAGCUUGUUCGUCUCUUGAUGCGAUGGUGCCUGAGUGGAUUAGGUUGGCUAUCCUAUCCACGUGUCCGACGAAACUCGGAUAUCGAAUAAUAAAAAUUUCGAACCGGACUACCGGGAUUAUUUGCUUAAGCGCCUCUCGUCUCUCUGUAUAAAGAAUGAUAGAUGUAUUACAAUUCAGCGGAGGGUCAUAAGUGAUGGAAGGCGAUAGCUUAUCCUAUUUUCUUUCUCCUUUUAU